UAUAAAGAGGAGAUAAAGGCGCGCUCUUUGUGCAUACGUUUGCUUUACAAAACAAAAGCUAACGUUUUCUUUCCUUCCUUCUCUCACUCAAAUUCAACAACUCAAUUCUCCAUUUCACAUUAUCAUAACAAUAAUUUCACUUGGGUUUGCCGGAAAUUGAAGACAGUUUUGUCGUAAUUACGGCUGAUCAAGAUUCUAGUAAGGUGUUAAUGCUUCAACAUGAAUAACAGCCAAAGUGAGAAGCCUUUGCAUAUGGAAACAACUUGUGGCUCUCUUCUCUCUGAGAUGCAGAGAAUAUGGGAUGAGAUGGGAGAGCUAGAUAUCGAAAGGGAUAAGAUGCUUUUCGAGCUUCAACAAGAGUGUCUGGAGGCAUAUAGAAGAAAAGUGAAUCAGGCAAGUCGUUGCCGGGCUCAACUGCAGCAAACUAUCGCUGACUCUGAAGCAGAAAUUGCAAAGAUAUGUGCAGCACUAGGAGAACAAUCAUCAUAUGCUAGGCAGAGUUCCAGAAGUUUGAAGGAAGAGCUUGAGGCCAUUAAGCCUAAGUUAGAAGAGAUGAAGAGGAGAAAAGGAGAGAGGAAGAACCAGUUUGCGGCUGUUGUCAAUCAGAUACAGACUUUCUCGAAAGAGCUCUGUUUACACUUCCAAGAGAAUGCACAAAUGAGUGUAAUUGAUGAGAAUGAUUUGUCUGUCAAAAGAUUAGAAGAAAUGCAGAAUUAUUUGCUUGCUUUGCAAAAAGAGAAGAGUGACCGCCUGAAGCUGCUGGUUGACAACUUGACAACUAUCAAUUCGUUAUGUGUGGUGCUUGGGGUUGAUUACAAACAAACUAUUGCUGAGGUUGAUCCAACCUUAGAUGAUUCUCGUGUCUUGAAAAACAUAAGCAAAGAUAUGAUCUUUAAGCUUUCUGCUAUGAUCCACAGAUUGGAAGAGCUCAAGAAACAAAGAUUGCUUAGGCUUCAAGAUCUUGCAACUACCCUGAUUGAGCUGUGGAGCUUGAUGGAUACACCACUAGAGGAGCAACAGAAAUUUUAUGAUUUUACAAGGCACAUAGCAGCUUCAGAAAAUGAAAUAAAUGAGCCUAAUGUUUUGUCUGCCGACAGUCUUCAACAUGCAGAGGCAGAAGUGUCGAGAUUGCAGGCAAUGAAAUCAACAAAAAUGAAAGAGGUUCUUCUGAGAAAGAGGCUGGAGUUGGAGGAAAUCUGUAGGAAAGCACAUUUGGUUAUUGAAACACAAAAUUCAGUCGACUUUUCUGUUGAAGCUAUAGAAUCUGGCGCAAUUGAUCCUUCAUAUCUGCUUGAGCAAAUCGAGGUGCAGAUUUCCAAGGUUAAAGAGGAAACUUUUAGUAGGAGAGAGAUUCUUGAAAAGUUGGAGAAGUGGUUGGCUGCAUGUGAUGAGGAGUGUUGGUUGGAGGAAUACAACAGGGAUGAAAAUCGUUACCAUGGUGGAAAAGGUACACACCGUAAUUUGAAGCGAGCUGAGAAAGCUCGAGUUCUUUUCAACAAAAUCCCUGCUAUGGUGGAGACAUUGAGAUUGAGAGCUAGCGUUUGGCAGAAAGAAAGAGGACAUGAAUUCUUGUAUGAUGGUGUAGCCAUUCUUUAUAUGCUUGAGCAGUAUUGUGUUCUAAAGCAGGAGAGGGAGCUUGAGCGUCAGAGACUGAGGGACCAGAAGAAGCUUCAGGGACAGUUGAUGGUGGAGCAAGAAGCACUUUUUGGUUCAAUACCUAGUCCUUCAAAGAGUGCAAAGAAGAAUUUUAGACCAUCAAUGGGAGGUUUGACCAAUAAAAGACUAUCGCUUGGAGGAUCAAUGCUUCAAACCCCAUAUGCUGGUAAAGCUGCACCAUCCUCUCGACUGUCUAGUUUGUUGGAACAGCAAACUCCCCAAAGUGGCAGAAGAGAUAGUUUCUUGGCACCAAGAAAGCAUCAAGGAAGCCUCUAUCCCCCUUAUACACCUAGAGCUGAAUCAGUGCAGACAAGAAAGGCCCUUUUAAAUCCACCUAGAACUGAAUCAGCACAGAUAAGGAAGGGCCCGUUAAAUCCACCUAAACCUGCAACAACACAGACAAGGAAGCCUCUUUCUCCCUUAUCGUCAUUGUUAUCAUCAAAUGUGAGCACCAUCAAUAUUCAGAAUCAGACCCUAAAGAGCGGGAUGGUCCAGGAAGCACUGUAUUUGAACAAAACUCCAGUUAUGACUCCAACCAAGAUUACCUCUGCUGAACGAAGACUCGAGGAAACAGUGUCUUUGAACAAAACUCCAAUUAUGACUCCAACAAAGAUUGCCUCUGCUGUUGAAGGAAGUAUUACCCCAAAAACAUUGCCCAUUCCAAUGCCAGCAACUCCUUCCUCAGUUUCCACUGCCAUGCAGACUGCAAUGACCCCAGCCAGUCGUCAUGUUUCUGCGUGUGCUGAUAAUAUCGAGUACUCAUUCGAGGAGAGAAGAGCUGGUUACGUUCCAUUGUCACAUGCCAAGGUCAUUACCAAAUGCUUGAUUUAGCAGUACUACUAGUAUCAACUAGGUUCGACUCUUCCUCGAACCCUGCACAUAGUGGGAGCUUUGUGCAUUGAGCUGCGCUUUUUCUUUAGUCAGUUGUAUACAUGCAAGGUGUGAGAGAUGUGCUGUUUUAUUUGUUUUGAUGAUGUGGUGGUGUGAAUUGAACCAAUGUUCUCAGUAAGAGUCCUCCAACGCCAAAGAAUAUUGGGAUUUGCUUUUCCAACAGUCAAAGCUACUUUUGAGAGAAUCUUUUUUGCUGGCAAGUCUAUGUGAAUAUUGAAUUGCUUCAAUUGUUAGCUAAAAUAUGGAACUAUGAAACAUAUUCUAA